AUGACGCGUCGACGCUUGAAUCACGCAUCUGUUUGUAAUUUUUCUAUCAUUGCAUGCCAGCUUUCUUUCUUACAUCAAAUUGUUUCGCAACAAAAACGCCAAAACCCGUCUAGAUACCGUGUCGUUUGCCGGGUGAGUGAUUUUAAAAUUGAUUCCAUAUGAGCUAUGGCUUUUUUCAGAUCUCGCAAAUGAUCACUAUUGUCGGAGUCUACCACAAGUACGAUUUCGUGCCGCCCGCCUGCGCCGUUUACUUUAGCGCCGAACUCGGAUACCUGAUAGCUGGAGUGGGAACCAAACAGGUGAGAAAUAUACUAGUUCGGGGUUCAUUGACAGGAGACAUAUUCUUUGAUUUCAGAUGGAAUGUCCCGGCAAAUGGAUGACUCAGAUUACUGACAAGUGGCAGGACGUCGACGAGGAGUCGGACAAGGACCGUCUUCCGCUUCCGUUCACUGGAAUGGUGUUGAAAUAUCUAACUUGUCCAUAA